GAGGGGAGAAAGGAGGGAUAAUGUGGGAGGUGGGCGGUGCGAGGUAUAAGUGUGCAAGCUCAGCACGCCAAGACCAAUCACACCUGACACACCCCGGGCUCUGCAUCCACCACUAUUCCUCUCGGUUGCCUUAUCAAAAUAUCGCAAUCGACUCUAGAGCUCACAGCUAGGCCGGAGACACUGGAAUUGUCCAUUGGAGUCCAAGAGUGCAUGACUUGGAGGGGCCCAGAGCACUUUUUAGGCACUUCCACUUUGGGAAACCGGAGUGCCAGUGUGCUUCUACAUCAAAGUUGUAGUGAGCAUCCAACACAUGGAGUGAGGCGGGUUUGAAGCCCAUGAGACCAAUGGGGAGGCUUAGACCGUUGGAUGCAUCGGGUUCUGGAGCUGUCUGUCUGCCAACGUCGUCGUCGCCGGCUGCUCCUUCACCAUAUGGGGCCUAUGGCUAUGGUAUCCGUUCCAAAAGGAGGUUUUCCAACAUUUUACCAAGUCUCCUCAUCGAUCUGCAUUACCUAAAACAUCAUUUCUAGGCUGUUGAUAGUCUCUGAGUAGUAGUGUGUGCGUGAUGUAGGAUAUAUCAGAGUCGUGGUGGGUUGUCCGGCCAGCCAACUAGGCAAAGU